AUGUUGCAUCCUAUUCUUGACAUCAGCAAUUUCAACCUCGUCCUCUCCGUUAUAGGUCUCUAUAUUCUUCUCUUCGGGUUUGUAUCCCUCAAGCUCAAGCAGAGAUGGUAUCUUGGUGAAGCCUUGCCCGCUCUCCUUGUUGGCAUUGCAUUCGGGCCGAUCGGGGCCAAGUACUUGAACAUAUCGCAAUGGGGAGGUGAUGAUGACAACAAGAACAGCGAGAUUGCCUAUGGCUUGACACGUCUGGUCAUCGGCAUACAGCUGGUCAAGGCUGGAUAUGAACUACCCAAGAAAUACCUCAAGCAGCGUUUCAAGGAAAUGAUCAUUUGCUUACUUCCUCUCAUGAUCAUAUCGUGGAUUACAACAUCCGCGUGCGUGAAGCUCCUGAUCCCACGCGUCUCUUAUCUCUCAGCUCUUAUAAUUAGCGCCUGUGUGACCUGUACAGACCCAGUUCUCUCGCAAGCGAUCGCCAAAGGCCCGUUUGCUGAUAACUACGUCCGUCGACCCCUGCGAGAAUUCAUUUCUGCGGAGGCAGGUGGCAAUGACGGGUUCGGCUUUCCCCUCUUACUGCUUGGUGUUUCUCUCUUACGCUAUGCGGAGGCACCGGCAAAUACUCUCAGCUUGGAGGUCUUUGAUCUAGAACGAGGAGUCCCCGACGUUCUCGGAACAACCGGAGUCGGACGCUUCGGUGGCGGCGCUGGCACUGCUCUGAAGCAUUGGGCUGUUGAAGGUGUCCUGUACAUGAUCUUCCUGGGUGCCUCUUACGGCGCCUUUGUGGGAUUUCUGUGUCAGAAGUUCCUCGCCAAGGCAUUGAAGCGGAAGUGGGUCGACAAUGAGAGCUUUACACUUGUUCCUGUGGCAAUCGGGCUUCUCGCAGUCGGCACUUGCGGCUGCUUUGGCUCCGACGAGACUCUCGCCUGCUUUAUCGCGGGAUGUGUCUUGAACUGGAACGGACUUUACCACGAGGAGAUCCAAGCUCGACAUGACUCGUUCAACUCGACUAUCGAGACUAUUCUGAAUUUCAGUGUGUUCAUGUAUCUGGGCGCAACCAUGCCAUGGGGCCAAUUCCAAAGUCCGCACACAGGAAUCACUCUCUGGCGGCUGUUCGGAUUAAGCUUCAUGGUCCUGGCUUUUAGGCGUAUUCCCGCCAUCCUGGUUGGAUACCGAUUAAUGCCGAAGGUGUGCAGUGACUGGAAGGAGGCGCUUUUUCUCGGUCAUUUUGGGCCAAUUGGAGUGGGCGCAAUCUCGUAUGUGGAAUACACUCGACGACUGUUCCCGGCGCCCGGACAAAGUGACAGAGAGAUCAAUAACCUGACGACCUCUAUGGUGCCUGUGGUCUACUGGCUUGUCCUUUUCUCCAUUGUCGCCCACGGGCUAUCUGUCCCAGCUCUUAACGCCCUCUACAGAAUCUUCAAGGUGCCUCGAAUCUACGACCACCCCGUCGCGGUAGUCCUUCUAUCCGAGAACGAGCCUCUACCCAAUAACUGCACGAUGGACCGCGGGCGGCAUUCGAUGAUCGUCAACAACCGGUUCUCGCGGCCGUUGGAAAGCGACAGUGAGACGGAGAACAAGGAAGAUACGGCGAUGCUCAGAUUAAGUGAAGAGGGACCGGCUGAAGAGCGCGUCGAGCGGCUCUCUACGCAAGAAUCAACGGAGCGGGCAUACAGGGCCGUCAAUACGAGAGGCAUGGUAUAG